AUGGAAGAUUAUUGGAACAUGAUUUGUGGAGGCAAACCUAUAAGUUACGAUUUCAAGUUUUUGAAAGAUCCUUCUUCAUGCAUUAACCACUUGUUGCUCAUUUUCUUUGAUUUAUUCAUGUUGAUCAUGUUAUCAAUCAUCAUGUUUCUGAAAUUUUCCUCAAGACCCUUUUGGAGUCUAGUAAGAUAUUCAAACUUGCAGCUAGUUUCUGCUAUAACCAAUGGCUCUCUUGGUUUGUUGCAUUUUUGCUUAGGAAUUUGGAUUUUAGUCAUGAAAACUCACAAAGCCUUUCCUCUGAAGUGGUGGUUGCCAGAACUGUUUCAUGGACUCACAUGGUUGUAUGUAACUUUUACUACAAGUCUUCAGAUAAAACAACUCUCAAGAGCAUGGAUGUGGUUGUUUUCGAUUCUCAUAUUUCUUGUUUCUGGUAUAUUAUGCGGUUUAUCGAUAUCGUAUGCAGUUAGCACUAGAGAACUAUCUCUCAAGACAUGUUUAGAUGUCAUAUCUUUUAUAGGAGCAGUUUUGCAGUUGUUAUGCACUUACAGUAGUGAAGGUGCUCAGAGAGACACAGUUGAAAGCCUUGAUGACCCUUUCAAUGACCAAUUAACGCCAUUUGCUAAAGCUGGAUUCUUUAGUAAGAUAUCAUUUUGGUGGCUGAAUCCGCUGAUGAAAAAGGGUCAAGAAAACACGCUUCAGGACGAGGAUAUUCCAAAGUUAAGAGAGUCUGAAAAAGCAGAAUGUUGUUAUUUGUCAUUCGAAGAACAAAUAAACAGACAAAGACAAAAUGAACCAUCGGUUUUUUGGACAAUAGUUUUAUGCCACCAAAGAGAGAUUUUGAUAACAGGAUUCUUUGCUUUGCUCAAAGUACUUGCUAUAUCUUGUGGUCCUCUACUUCUAAAUGAAUUUAUAUUGGUUUCUGAGGGUAAUGGAAGUUUCAAAUAUGAAGGUUAUGUAUUGGCCAUAUCACUCUUCUUCAUAAAGAUCAUAGAAUCCUUAUCACAAAGACAAUGGUAUUUUCAGGGUAGAAUUGUUGGGAUGAAAGUGAGAUCACUACUUACUGCAAAAAUUUAUAAAAAAGUAUUAAGGUUAUCCAAUUCUGCUAGAUUGAUUCACUCUAAUGGUGAGAUAAUGAAUUAUAUGACUGUGGAUGCUUAUAGAAUUGGAGAAUUUCCAUUUUGGUUUCAUAGGACUUGGACAACAAUUCUCCAAUUGUCCAUUGCAUCAAUAAUUCUUUUCCGCGCAAUUGGACUAGCAACAUUAGCAUCUCUACCAGUGAUAGUUCUCACCGUGUUUUGCAACGCUCCAUUAGCAAAGUUACAUCACAAGUUUCAUAGCAAACUUAUGGUGGCACAAGAUGAAAGACUGAAGGCUAGUUCUGAGGCUCUAGUGAAUAUGAAAGUGCUAAAGCUAUAUGCAUGGGAAAAUCAUUUUAAAAAUGCAAUAGAAAAGUUAAGAAAUGUGGAACUGAAAUUUCUAUUUGCAGUUCUAUUAAGAAAGACAUAUGUUGUCUUUCUCUUUUGGAUUUCGCCGAUGCUUGUAUCAGCUGCUUCUUUUUUAGCAUGCUACUUACUGAAAAUUCCUUUGCAUGCAAGUAAUGUUUUCACUUUUGUAGCAACUUUACGCCUUGUACAAGAGCUAAUUACAAGCAUCCCAGAUGUAAUUGCAGUAACCAUUCAAGCAAAAGUUGCAUUUGCUCGGAUAGGUAAUUUCCUUGAGGCACCAGAACUGCAUAGUUCAAAUUUCAAUAGCAGGUGCUUUAAUGACAAGCUCAAAGGCUCAGUUUUAAUAAAAUCAGCCGACUUUUCAUGGGAAGGUAAUGUAUCAAAUUCAACACUAAGAAACAUAAAUUUGGACAUUAGACAUGGACAAAAGGUGGCUAUUUGUGGAGAAGUUGGUUCGGGAAAAUCAACCCUCUUAGCAACAAUUCUAGGAGAAGUUCCUAAUACAAAGGGAACGAUUGAUGUUUAUGGGAAGUUUGCAUAUGUUUCUCAAACAGCAUGGAUACAAACAGGCACAAUACGGGAAAAUAUUUUAUUUGGAUCCGAGUUUGAUGAUCAAACAUAUCAAGAAACACUUCAAAGGUCUUCACUGAUAAAGGACCUUGAGUUGCUUCCUUACGGUGACCUCACCGAAAUAGGCGAGAGAGGAGUUAAUUUAAGUGGAGGUCAAAAGCAGCGAAUUCAACUCGCCCGGGCUCUAUAUGAGAAUGCUGAUAUAUAUCUCUUGGAUGAUCCGUUUAGUGCUGUUGAUGCACAUACUACAAAAUGUUUGUUUAAUGAAUACAUCAUGGAAGGACUCAAAGGGAAAACUGUCUUACUCGUGACUCAUCAAGUAGAAUUUCUACCAGCCUUUGAUUCUGUUUUGUUGAUGUCAGAUGGGGUAAUCCUACAAGCUGGACCAUAUCACCAGCUAUUCACAACAAGCCAAGAAUUCCAGGACCUUGUCAACGCUCACAAGGUUACUGCUAGUUCAAACCAGCUUGCGAACGUUAAUUUUUCUCACACUUCUAGAAAGAUCAUUCAACCUUUAGUGGAAAAAGAGUGUAAAGAAUCAAAUGGAAAUCAAUUAAUUAUGCAAGAAGAGAGAGAGGAAGGAGACAUAGGGUUGAAGCCUUACUUACAAUAUCUGAAUAAGAUGAAAGGCUAUAUUUUCUUCUUUGGGGCUUCGUUUUGUCACCUCAUUUUUUUGGUUUCUCAGAUACUGCAAAACGCAUGGAUGGCUGCUAAUGUUGACAACCCUCGUGUCAGCACCUUGCAGUUGAUUUUAGUUUAUUUCUGGAUUGGAGUUUCUUCAAUAUUUUUCAUGUUGAUCAGAAGUUUCUUCAUAGUUGCUUUGGGUCUUCAUUCUUCAAAAUAUUUAUUUUUACAAUUGAUGAACUCCCUCUUUCGAGCACCGAUGUCUUUUUACGACUCUACACCAUUGGGAAGGAUACUAAGUAGGGUUUCAUCUGAUCUGAGCAUUAUGGAUCUUGACAUGCCAUUUAGCCUCCUUUUUUCGGUCGGAGCCACUAUAAACUUUUAUUCUGUUCUUAUAGUUUUAGCAAUUGUCACAUGGCAAGUAUUGAUUGUGGUUAUACCAAUAGUAUACAUUACGAUUCGUCUACAGAGAUACUACUUAGUCUCAGCGAAAGAAAUGAUGCGGAUGAGUGGCACAACAAAAUCCUAUUUAGCUAAUCAUGUAGCCGAAACUGUAUCCGGAGCUGUGACAAUAAGAGCGUUUGAGGAGGAAGAUCGUUUUUUUAAGAAGCAUCUUGAUCUAAUUGACAUUAACACUAGUACAUUUUUCCAUUGUUUUGCCUCAAACGAAUGGUUAAUCCAACGAUUAGAAACAAUGAGUGCGCUUGUUCUUUCCUCUGCAGCACUUUGCAUGGUUAUACUUCCACCAGGGACUUUCACCUCUGGAUUUAUCGGUCUGGCACUGUCAUAUGGCCUUACACUAAAUGCUUCCUUAGUAUUUUCCAUUCGAAUCCAAUGCAGCCUCGCUGAUCAUAUAAUAUCAGUAGAGAGGCUAAAUCAAUAUAUGCAUAUACAAAGUGAGGCCGAAGAAAUAAUAAAAGACAAUCGUCCUCCUUUGAAUUGGCCAAUUGCAGGCAAAGUAGAAAUAAAUGACUUGAAGAUACGAUACAGACCUGGUGGACCACUUGUACUUCAUGGGAUCACAUGCACAUUUGAAGCCAGUCACAAGAUUGGUAUUGUUGGCAGAACAGGCAGUGGGAAGUCGACUCUUAUUGGUACUUUAUUUCGUCUUGUGGAACCAGAAGGAGGAAAAAUUGUAGUUGACGGCAUAGACAUAUCAUCUAUUGGCCUUUAUGAUUUGAGGUCCCGUUUUGGGAUUAUACCUCAGGAUCCUACUCUUUUUAAUGGGACAGUAAGAUUUAAUUUGGACCCUUUAUCCCAACACACUGAUCAAGAGAUAUGGGAGGUUCUUGGGAAGUGCCAACUAAGAGAAGUUGUUCAAAAGAAAGAAGAGGGCUUGAACUCCUCAGUUGUUGAAGAUGGAUCAAACUGGAGUAUGGGACAAAGACAAUUAUUUUGUUUAGGGCGUGCUCUUUUAAGGAGAAGUAGGAUAUUGGUACUGGAUGAAGCAACUGCGUCGAUUGAUAAUUCAACUGAUACAAUUCUACAGAAAACCAUUAGAACGGAGUUUGCAGAUUGUACGGUGAUCACAGUAGCACACAGAAUACCGACUGUGAUGGAUUGCACUAUGGUUCUUUCAAUCAGUGAUGGAAAGUUGGUGGAGUAUGACGAGCCAAUGAGCUUGAUGAAGAGAGAAGAAUCGUUGUUUCAAAAGCUUGUCAAGGAAUAUUGGUCUCAUUUCCAGUCUGCGGAAUCGCAUUGA